AAGCGACACUGUGAUUUUUUGGCAGCAGCUCGAGUCGAGUAAUCUUACAGACCUGACAUGCCGUCAUGCAUGCUUCCUAGCAAGCAAUAGCGGGAAAGUUGCGGUGGUAAUAAAAUCAUAUUGGGUAUCUUCUGGCUCAUGAACCGGCUUUCCUUCCUCGAAGCCAACGAUCUCCUUGCACAAGGCAAUUGUGCACGCAGCAUGCCAUCUUCCAGCGCUAACUAUCCGGGCAUCUCCACAUGCAAUGAUGAUUCAAAGUCAAGACAAAUCGCAACCUCCAUAUCCACUCAAUCACUCGUGCCCUCUACCUCGUCCCGGGAAGCUCCACAGCUCCGUGGUUCUGCCCAACACGUUAGCCAUCCACACCGUUCAUUCCCUCGCGCUAGCUACCACACUUACCGUCGUUGAAGUAUCAUCCAACUGCGCCACCUUCUGUCCUCCAGUUUGAUUGUUAUUCGGAUAUGCGAGCCCAUUCGGCGCCGCCAACUCCUGCGGUGGACCACUGUAGUACUCGAACGGCUGCUGACUAUUCUGC